UGUUCCUACAAGAUUUGAUUUGGGCGCGAAGUCGGUGGAAGUUUAUAUAGAAAAGGAAGGUGUUAUUGUGGUUUUGUAGUGUUUUGUGUAUUUGUUUUUAAUGCACUCGGAUAAAUAUGAGUAAGGAUCACUGGAUCAAGAAAUUAGAAGCCAAACGUGGAAGAGAUUCAUUGACUUGCGUCUUCUGUCACUCGGAUGUGGAAGAAGAUUGUCAGUAUGGGAAGCUGUACUGCAGAGGAAAAAUCACUGUGCAUUACUUUUGCUUACUUCUGGCUACCAAGUUGGAUCAAAAGGGAAAUGAUCGAGAAGGAAUUCUUGGUUUUCUGCUUAAAGACAUUGAAAAACAGAUCAACGCAGCAAGAAAUGUGCGUUGCUGCUAUUGCAACAGAGGUGGUGCAACUGUGUAUUGCUGUGGAAACACUUGUAAAAAGGUUUUCCAUCUGCCUUGUGGACUUAAAGAACAAUCCUUCCAUGAGUUCUAUGGACGUUUUCGGUCAUUUUGUAGUACUCACAGGCGAACACAAGUGGUUGACAAAGCAACACUGAUUGAUGCUGCCAGAGUUCCUCAAAUUUGUACAAUUUGCUAUGAAACAGUAAUUCCAAAGCCUUCGCCAGAUACCUUGUGGGCACCAUGUUGCAAGAAGAAUGCGUGGUUUCACAAGACAUGUGUUCAGAUGCUUGCAUUGAAUGCUGGAUACUUUUUUAAGUGCCCAUUGUGCAAUAAUAAAAGGAUGUUUCAUUCCAGUAUGAAGAAAAAUGGAAUAUUCAUACCUGAACAAGAUGCUUCCUGGGAGAGGGUCCCACAUGCUUUUGAUGAUAUGUACACAACUUACCAGCAGUGCGAUGCAGUGGAAUGCCAUUGUAAGAAAGGACGCUCCUACUGUGAACGACGAACGGUGUUUGAAAUAAUUGUGUGCAAGUACUGUGGAUCACAAGGUGUACAUAAGAAAUGUGGAGAACUUAACAUAAGAGAUAAAGAGUGGGGAUGCCCACUUUGCACUAAUGCCCUGACAUCAGGACACUCGCGGUCCACCUCAACUGCAUCAAAUGCACCAAAGUCAUGCUCGGAUAUCACUUUCAAUGUGCAGGAGUUCUUUUCAUCAAGUGUUUCAAGACGUUUCCUCCCACAAGUGAGACUUGAAAGAAAAUUGAAUGUGCCGCCAUCAGUUCGGAUCGGAGAGGCAAGCUUGAAAAUUUUGAAGGGAUCAUAUCAGUCACGUGAAAGAAGUAAUGAAAUUACUUGUCCUUCAAAACCUCAGGUGGUUCACUGUGAUCAAAACUGCUUACAGUCCAAAAGUGAUUUAUCAGUUCCUGGAUGUCCUUUGUCGGAACAAGAAGCAGCACAGUCAUGUGCUCCAAAGAAGACAGAUAAUUGUAACAGAAAAUUGAUAGGUGGGUGUAAGGUAAAAGGAAAAUGUAUGAAGAAAACUAUUUCUUCUGACAGCCAGAGUGGUUCAGCCACUGGAACUAUCUGUUUAAAAAAGAAAAGUGAUGUCAGGGGUUUGAAACGUACACAAGGUGCUAAAAACCAGACAAGUCUGUCAACAUAUACAGAAACAUCAAUGAUGACUUGUCACUAUACACGAGGUGCUAAAAACCGGAGAAGUCUGUCAAAAUAUUCAGAAACAUCAACGAUGAUUUCUCACAAUAAUGUUAAUGAUUUGCCAUUCUCUGUUCAGAUAGAUAACAUGCGUCAGUCACCAUUCCGUAUAGACAGGCCAAUAUCUUUUUCUCCAGGUUCUGCAAACUUCUUUUCUCCAGGUUCUGCCAACUUCUUUCCUCCAGGUGCUGCAGACUUCUUUCGUUCAAGUUCUGCAGACUUCUUUCCUCCAGGUUGUGCAGACUUCUUUCGUUCAGGUCCUGCAAACUUACAGAAUUUUAGAACACAUGCUGUUGCACCUACAGAUGUGGCUUCGCCUGAAAGUAAAAAAGUUAAGAAAGUCAAAAUGUGUAGCCCAAACACAUUUACACGAGAGUUAAAGGACCUGGGUGUUAGAAGAAAACAUGUUUAUUUGACUAGAGGAACGAGUUUCACCAGGUCAGGCAAUUUCAUACCUACCUUAAUGCUGAAAGACAGAAUUUGAAGGGCACAAUUGUAUGAUGGUUACAAUAUUGAAAAAUGUGUCAUCUCGGUUUGGUGAAGAAAUCUGUAGGUAAUAGUUUGUGUGAAUUUUAUUUAAUUGACAAUAUAAUUUUAUUUAAUUGACUAUAUCUAUAUAAUUUCACGACAUUACUGAUUUCUACUUGUUAUCAUCCAUCUUGAGAUUAUAAUAAAUGAAGCAGUAUACUUAAAAACGUAGAAUUGUCAAUUCCAUGGAAUUUAAAACUAAAAUGACGAAACUGUUAGUUGAUGUAAGAAAAGGACACUUGAUCAUGGCAUGCAUGAUAAAAGAUGUAACCAGUCCCCAGAUUAUGGCCAGUCAAAAUGUUACUGUGCCAGUAGGAAAGAGGGGUGUCAAACAUCUAAUGACAGAUGUAAAUUUGAUUUUAAAGUCUGCAAAAAUUACAAUAACUAAGAGGACACUGUGUUCGCUAACUUUCCAUACAAGAAGGAAAAAAUCUGCAAGCAGUGGAAAAGGGCCAUGUUGCCAUACCAUGAUAUGUACCUGCAGGAUAAAGUUGAAGAUAAUGCUGCUUAAUUUAUUAAAGUAAGAUGAUGCCCAAUGACUGGUAGAAACUUGUAAUGUUAUGAAACUGUAGUGGCUGUGGCAGUGAAAUAGACUUUGUAUACAUUUUUGUUAAGUCAUGAAUGUUUCUACAGUGACAACAAAUCAGUUUAUAUUGUAGAAGCAUUUUAUGGUUUGGCAAAUAUAUAUGUAUCCACUGCUUACAGAAAUUUUCUUCUUGUCUGGAUAGUUGACAAAAUCAGUCCCCUCUUUGCCUUCUCACAAUUUAUGCAUGUUGUUGCUUUGUCCUUUUAAAGUCAUGUUACGAGUGUCCAUAGUCUUGAAAUUCUCUCUCUCUCUCUCUCAUGUUGUUAGUUAUUAAUCCUAUGUAGGUGACCAUGCACGAUUAGUAUGAUGUUAGUUUUAAACCCCAUGUAACUGUACAUGAUUACCAUGUAGUUAGUUAUAAAUCCCAUGUAGUUGACCACACACAACUUUCACACAUACAGGGUGUUUAAGCAGGCUGCUUCAUUUUUGUACUCUAAGAUAAGAGAUGAUUGGUUGAAACUAAUAAUGUUGUGUGUGUGUGUGUUUGUGUGUGUGUGUAAAGUUCCAAUAUUGCUCAUAUGAUACCAAUGACACGGGCUACAUCAGUAUCUCAGUAUGUGAACUGUAAAGUGUGUUAAAGUAUUCAUAAUUUUACAGGUUUAUUGUUUAAUUGACUUGACAGAUUGAUUGUUAGAUGAUUCCCAUUUCUUUUGAAUACUGUUUUAGUUUUCAGACCCAUACUGCAUUUUUGUUUUAAAUGCAGUUUACCGUUUUUAUUGUAAAUGUGAUUUACCCCCUUGUUUGAAAUGUGUUUCAUUGUUUUGUUUGAAGCAUUUUUUUAAAGUCAGGGAAUAUUUAUAUGUUGACAAUAAAUAUGACGGCACAAGCCUUGGUAAUUUGUUACUCUUCCAAAUGUGUUCAUAAUUUAUUUCUUAGCUUUAAUGUUAACAUUUUGUGUUUUCAUAUCUUAUUGGUAAUUCAAAAACAAAAUUACCCACAGUUGUUAAAUAUUUUUAUUUUCAUAAAAUCAUAAUUGUCAAACAGUUGGUUGCACUUCACUUGAUGGCACGUCCAGUCAAAACAGUUGUAAUGUAUUUUUAAUUAUUAU